AUGGCUAUCCCGACCCACGAAAUGGCGCACGGCGCGAGUCCCGUGGCCACUCGCGAGUCUUAUAUUGGAUACAAGAAAGAUGCGCAAGAUCUUGUGGAAUGGAUGAUCAAAACCACCAGUCUCAUCCUCAAAACGCAGCCGCGCUCGGGCGAAAGCGCCCAGCUGCCCACUGGAGUCAGUUCUUCCGGAGCGACAACCGUGGCUGGCCUGGUGUCCAUGGCCCGCCUGAUCGCAGACAGCGGAGCUGCAGUGUCUGGCAGCACUUUUCGCCGAUUGAUCUCAAUGGUCAGAGCAAGAAGAAACCACUACCACGCCUUCGUAGAGCAUGCAUCCACGUGGUCUGACACAGAUAUUGAGAAGAGCAACGACAUGCACAGGCACUUCAUCGACUCCCUCAUCGACAUUUUCUCCAUCUUGGGUGGGGUUAGCUGGUGGGAGAAACAGAUGGAGGCCAACGAAAUGACCUCAAAGCGUCCCGAUUCCGAUGCCGAGCAAAUUGAGGAGAUGAAGGGCAUAAUCUUCAGCAACAAAUUUGCCUCCCUCGAUCUCAGCCAUGGCGAUUCCAAGCCAGAGCCGCCUUCGGAACCUGAAUCUGACGCAGAUGAGCCAGUUGCUGAGUCCAAGACAGCAAAGAAGAACCGUGUAAACGGCAAGAAGGGCAAGGGCAAGACAUCCAAGCUUGGAAAAUCACGCAAACCUGCCAGAAAGGCGGACUCUAGCGCGGACGCUCCUGUGGAGAGUUACCGUAUCCUAGAAGAUGACCCGUUGCUGAGCUACACCAUGGCAAUAAUUACUAUCCUUCAGAACGGAAAUCUGAACACUGCUGUCGCUGGAGCAGUCUCAAACAUAGCCAUUGCUGAGAUUAAGAAGACGGAGCUCGAAUUAUUUGACGACUUUCCCGAACACUGCUACUUCGAGAAGAUUACAGACACUCUUACUCGAGGAGGCCUGAACCGCUUGCAGAAGGUUGCUGAGGAGAAGGCAGCAGCUGAUCGUGAUCAUCAUGGAUGUUUGGUUGACGUCAAGGAGCAGCUCCUGAUGUAUACAUACCAGGACCUUUUGGCUUUCUGCACAGACUUUCAGAAAAGCCGUAACGGGAAGCCCACAAAGGCUAUGCGUGCGAAGAUCGGCCUGUGGGACCCAAAGCUCUCACUUGAAACUGCCACCAAGGAGGAGAGGAUUCUCUGGCGUCGAAAGUUCACCAUCAAUUGGCUCUACGACCUGGUCAAUGAGUACUCCUCCUGGGAACAGUCACAGCGGGGUGAGAGGUGCUUCUCGGAUGAUGUUGACUGGUCUCCCUCAGGCCCAUCCGGCUCUCGGCGCACUCUCCUCGGUCUUACUGACUUCGCCGCGUUUGUCACCUCCCUGGUCAGUCAAAAGACAGGAUCAGACCUCAGCUUGAAAAUAUCUCCUUGGCACGUCUUCCAACUUCAGUGCAUUGUGGAUGCCACUUUCGUGAAAUCCGGGUGGUCGCUGUGCCAGCACGGGGGUCAUAUCCUUGAGGCCCCCGCCGCCGGGUUCCUGGCCCUCAGAGACAUCAACGAUAUCAUUGAUGAACGCCCCGAGGAUGACGCCGGUCAUACUCACGAUAAUUGUUGCUGUUCCAGAUCGCACCUUAGGUUUUGCAAAAGACUUGCCAAGAAGCUACAGACACGGCAAGAAAUUGGCAUUUAUAAUUGCAGCGCAAUAAUCGAACCCGCUACCGAGGUCCUCUCCUGGAGCGUCGAAUAUCUUGAAUCUCGUCUUUGGCGCUGCAACUCCGUGCUCGAGGGUGCACCUAUCCCACCGUCCCGAUUCGGAGUGCCGCACUCCCUAUGGACUCUUUCUCCAUUCCUAUGCGGUGUUGGUCUUGCAGAAGCCCUCCAGAUCAUCUACAGCACUGGCAUGCGCUUUUUGGACAUUUAUCCCGUCCCGACAAUGAUGUUACACCUCGAACAGAUGAUUCAUAAUACGGGCGGAUACGAAGGCAAGGAACAUGAUUGGGGCCUUCCACUGGCUACUAUUAUGAGAGGCCUUUUUAGGCACUGCCUCUAUGUGGAAGGGAAAUGGCCAAGCAAAGACGCGGCGGCUGAAGAAUACGUGGACGCACUCGAUACCUGGGCGGGGGGAGAUGUCACUACAACCAGGCGAUUGAGAGCGAAACGAGUGAUGGAACCCGUUGCUGGGGCGGUAGCUUGCCCGUUUCCCGUUCGACAGAACGUAAACUUCAACAAAAUGUCCCAUCUGAUGAUCUACCAAGAGGCGGACUGGGACCCCAGCCGGUUACAUUACACAUCACUAGAGCCAAAAACAGCACUUGCCGCGGUUCGUCUUAGUCGCGAGCCGACAUCCUUCGACCUAUUCACCGGUGAGCAGUCAGAGCCUACCGAACUGGUACAGCAUAUGUACGAGAAAGUCGGUUGGGACGAUGAUUGGUCUGGGCAUCAGAUGUCGGUUGGGGAGGGUUUGUUCCGCACGUUUCUUACCAUGGGCCUACUAAAGCCCGCGAAAGCCAACGUCGAGCAAUCCGCAGUCGAAAAGGACCUCUCCAGGGCUGUAUACAGCAAGCUCGAGACGAUUCUAGAGGACUUGGAAAUCGCCAGGCUCGACUUGUGUAACGAUAUCAGCGGUCUCCGAUGCCGAUCUAGCAUGGACUUCGCGUCGUUGGUUACAAGCCUCACGAUCAUUAUGGAUGAUGUAGAAAAUGCCCUCCAUCACGCGAAAAACCAAUUUUUCUUAGCAUCCACUCGCCCUCCUGCGAUGGCUUCACAGCCUCCGGCGGGCCCUGGAUCGCCGCCGGCCCCUUCGGCCGGCCCUGAUCGAGGCUCUGGAGCCCCUCCGGAGCCGUCCCCAACCUCAAGGGCUAAACGCCGCCGUGGUACUGAGGCCCAGCUAUUCCAGCCCAGCCUCGUGGGAAGCAAGCCUGACGCCUCUACGACAGCCCCCUUAACGGCUAAGGGGCCUACGACGAUAACUGGAACAGCUACUGGAGCUAUCCUUAUAGCCCUGGAUGAGGAAGCGAAGCACUAUGAAGCCUGGAAGGACGUCUUUAUAGCUAUCGCCCAGUCUGUGGAUAAUAUAGUCUCCUGCUUUGAGGGGCCUAGGAAGCAGAUUGCAAAGGAGGCUACAGCCUAUAUGAUCUAA